GCGCCACCUAACGGCGGUGUGAGGAACAGGAUACAAGCAGUGUUGUGAGUUGAUUCAAGGAAUACGGCGGGAAAUGGCCGCUGUGGAAAGUGAUUAAAAACACAACACAACACCCGAAGGACAUGCUCUUUUGAGACUCCAAGAACCGACGAACAGCAAUAACGAAAAAUGCAGGCAUUUUUGAAAGGAGGGACUUCUGGCCUGUCAAAAACCAAAGACAAACCGGCUUCAGGCUCGAAACAAGACAAGGAAGCGAAGACCAAACUCAUACCAUGGGUCGAAAAAUAUCGCCCCCGAUGUAUAAAGGAUGUUGCACAUCAAGAUGAAGUUGUUGCUGUGUUGAACAAGUCCCUGGAGGGGGCUGAUCUGCCCAACCUGUUGUUCUACGGCCCGCCCGGCACGGGGAAAACCUCCACGAUCCUGGCAGCCGCCAGGGACCUGUUUGGGCCAGAAAUAUUCCGUAGUCGUGUGUUGGAGCUGAACGCUUCGGAUGAGCGUGGAAUAGAUGUCGUCAGAGAGAAGGUGAAAUCCUUUGCCAUGUUGACGGCAGGCGGCUCCAGAUCUGAUGGGAAGCCAUGUCCACCAUUUAAGAUUAUUAUUCUUGACGAAGCGGACUCCAUGACAACAGCUGCACAGGCUGCGUUGCGGCGUACAAUGGAGAAAGAAUCGAGGACCACACGUUUCUGCCUCAUCUGUAACUACGUCAGUCGAAUUAUCGAACCCAUCACGUCAAGAUGCGCCAAGUUCCGCUUUAAGCCACUCUCUGAGGAGGUCUUGACAAGGAGAAUUAAACUCAUCUGUGAGAAAGAAAACGUGGAUUGUGAUGAGAAGGCCAUCAAAGCCCUGAUGGAGACUUCGGAGGGGGACCUGCGGAAAGCCAUCACGUAUCUACAGAGUUCGUCUCGGUUGAAGGCGGAGGAGACCAUUACUGAGGACGUUGUGUGGGAGAUAGCAGGGGUCUGUCCAGAGAAGAUGGUAGAGAGAGUAUUGAAGACAUGUCAUUCCGACUCCUACGACAAGCUGGAUAAAACUGUCAAGCACAUCAUCAGUGAAGGGUACUCCGCGACGCAGGUGCUGACACAGCUCCACGACGAGAUUGUCUCUCUGGGGGAACUCAGCGAUCAUCAGAAGUCGGCCAUCUGUGAAAAAAUGGCGAUUGUUGACAAGUGUUUAAUGGAUGGCGCCGAUGAGUAUCUUCAACUGAUGGCGUUGUUCAGUACUGUCAUGGAGCAGAUCUGCCACCACAAGUAGCCUGAACAACGCAUGACAAUGUCGCACACAUCACAACACCACAAUGCAAGGUGCAGACCAGGCACAACACAUUAGAGGGGACACUGCACAACAAGGCACAACACAUUCAUGGGGACACUGCACAACAAGGCACAACACAGUGGGGACACUGCACAACAAGGCACAACACAUUCAUGGGGACACUGCACAACAAGGCACAACACAGUGGGGACACUGCACAACAAGGCACAACACAUUCAUGGGGACACUGCACAACAAGGCACAACACAUUAGAGGGGACACUGCACAACAAGGCACAACACAGUGGGGACACUGCACAACAAGGCACAACACAUUCAUGGGGACACUGCACAACAAGGCACAACACAGUGGGGACACUGCACAACAAGGCACAACACAUUCAUGGGGACACUGCACAACAAGGCACAACACAUUCAUGGGGACACUGCACAACAAGGCAAUGUACAGACCAGGCAAAUCUGGUUUGCAAAUUCUACAUGAUUGUUUAUUUGCCAACACAAAUCAUUUUCCUGAGCCAAGGGCAUUAACUGACUAUAAAAGUCCAGUUUCCACCCUUGCCAACCAAGGCUUCAAUUUCAUGGCUCGAUCAUAGAGCGUCCAGUGACUAUUAAGAGUCCGUUCUUUGCCCCUCCUAUUGACCAAUCAGAUUCCACCUCCUUGUGUUACUUGGAUUUGAUUCAAACAAAAGGGCGGCGCUAGUCAAGACGACCUGAUCGAUAAUUCAAGGUCUAUAUUGGAAUAUGAGGGUCUUACUGCGCAAAGUGCAUCAAAUCACUUGAGCACCUUGAUUAAAAACAUUAAAAGAUUUGGAAAACAUCUGUCAAUGCCAAGUUGAUGGUAGACAUGUUUGCAAAUCCUGCAGUUGACCGAAAUUUGCAUGGUGUAAUCCAUGUUGUUUACAAACCAGAUGUCUAGUUCGUUACGCGAUUUUUAUUAGACAAUGCAAAGACAUGUAAGUUCAGCCAAACUGUAACUCCAGAAUUCCAGCCUAGUUCAGCAAGGGCGGAAACUGGACUUUUAUAGUGAGUUAACUCCCUUGCCUCGAGUUUGAGCCUUGUUUUCGUCAAAGUGUGUACAUAUGCAAGUCACAUGACAUUGAAUAUCACGUGAUCAUUGAGUACGAGGAUAUUAGUGCAGACUAUUCAUGAGACGUCAGUCUUUAGACAUCGACUUCUUCCUCCAGACUCCUCCAACAUGGAGAUGUCCUUAUAUUCUGUGAUCUUCACCCUGAAAUAAUAUUGUCUCAUCAUGGAAUAAAUGUGUACUUAUACUCUA